ACCACUUCUAUUUCCAAUAGUUUUUAGUGAAUAAAACAUAAAAUAAAAAUGAAACUCCACUGGAUACAAUCCGCCAAGUCAAAUUUGAAGCAUUUAAAAACAAGUUACUAUGUUACAACACCCAUUUACUACGUAAAUUCAUCGCCACACAUUGGCCACUUAUAUAGUUCCGUCAUCGCUGACACCGCCUGCAGAUGGCAGCAGCUGUACGGAAAGCAUGAAAAUUACAAACUCGCCACCGGUACUGAUGAACACGGCACAAAAAUCCAACAAGCCGCCGCACAACACAACACACCGCUGGAAACUUACUGCGCGAAUAUCUCCGAUAAAUAUCGCGAACUCGCAAAGGUAUUCAGCGUCAAUUGUACGGAUUUUAUUCGUACGACUGAUGCUGCACAUGAACAGGCUGUACAACACUUCUGGCGGGCGAUCCGAGAUAAUGGUCACGUCUACUCGUCGAAAUACGCCGGCUGGUACUGCGUCUCGGACGAAACUUUCCUGACAGACUCGCAGCUCAAAGAAGCACCCGCCGCUCGCACCGGCGAAAUGAUAAAAGUUUCGGCCGAGAGCGGACAUCCAGUCGAAUGGACCGAGGAGCAGAAUUACAUGUUCGGAUUAAGCAAAUUAGCCGAUCAAGUCAAACAGUGGAUUCUGAAAGAUGACACAAUCAGACCGAAAAAAUUCCAAAAAAUCUUGCUGGACAUGAUGGACGAAGGAGUGCCGGACGUGUCGAUCUCGCGGCCGACGGCGCGCGUCCACUGGGGCGUGAAAGUGCCCGAAGACGAUACGCAGACCGUUUACGUCUGGCUGGAUGCACUGGUGAAUUAUUUAACCGCCACCGGCUAUCCGCACCCCGAGUACACACGCCACUGGCCCGCCGACCUGCACGUCAUCGGCAAGGAUAUUUUAAAAUUUCACGGGAUUUACUGGCCUGCGUUUCUAAUGGCAGCGGAUGUGGAGCCGCCGCGUUCGAUACUCUGCCAUUCGCAUUGGACCGUCGACGGUGAGAAGAUGUCCAAGUCGAAGGGCAACGUCGUCUGCCCAAUCGACCGGAGCACGACUUACACGCCGGAUGGAUUUCGGUACUUUCUGCUACGUGAAGGUGUAGCUCACAGUGACGGAAAUUACAGUGAAACGAAGGCGCUGCGAAUAUUAAAUUCCGAAUUGGCGGACACGCUCGGCAACCUAUUGAGUCGGUGCUGCGGCGUGGCGCUCAAUCCGGAGCAAGUGUUUCCGGCCCUCGAGCCUGAAGCCCUCAGGAUAAUUUCCGCCUUGGACGUGACGCAGCGACUCAUGGCGUCUGUCGCUCAGCUGCCAGAAUUGGCUGAGAAACAUUACACCGAACACAAUUUCUAUAAAGUUGUGGACGCGACAAUAGCGACUCUUCAUUGCGCCAAUCUGUUCUUCGAGACGCUGAAGCCGUGGGAAUUGAAAAAGUCAACGGAGCGACGCCGCGAGCUCAACGCCGUGCUGCACGUAGCACUCGAGACGCUGCGCGUGUGCGGCAUCGUCCUGCAACCCAUCGUGCCGAACAUCGCAGCGAAUUUAUUAAAUCGAAUUAAUAUCGAGAGCGGCGCGCGGCGCUGGGCGCACGUAACGAAAUUGUCCUGGCGCGAUGCCAGCGUUCAAUCGCGACAACUUGCGUCUGAUUCCGGCGUGCUCUUCAAGCGCAUCGUCGUCGACGCCGAAAUCCCGCCGGCGAAACGCACGAAAGUCAAGGGUAACAAGGAAAAAAAGCCGAAGGUGACGACGGAAAUCAACGAGGCGAAGCUGGUGAAGGAGAUGUAACUGCGUGUAACUGUGCAGUGGGGUGAGGAGAGCGAAAAUUACGACUUUGAAGAAUUUAGCGGCGAGAUGAGGCGCGAUAGGCGAGAAAUCGUUUAAAUCGCUUUUCUUGUCGGCGCAUUUUAAGAUGUUAUCAAGAGCGUGAAUGAGAUAUUAGCGAUGUAGAAUGGAAAAUAAAUCCAUUUUAUUGUGUUUCCAUUAAAUAAAAUAAAAAGAUACAAAGGAAAAA